AUGAACAAAACAAAUGGUAGAAAAGCCCCUGCUACAAGAGGUGUUAAGCUUACCGAGAAAAGCAAUGGUCAAGCCAAAGAUGUAACUAUAAAACAGGAAGACUCAAACGACUUUGAAGAUCAACCGGUAAGACGCAGGCCAAAGAAAAAAAUAAUAAUUGAAUCGGAGGAGUCCGAGAGUGACGUGCCAAUUUCCAAGAGAGUAGCCGCCAAGGACAUUAAAUCUACGGUCAAUUCUUUGCCGGAUAAGGGGAAACUCCCAAAGGCUUCUACCUCCUCUUCGAAACAAACAAUACUACCCGUUAAGAAAGAAGAACCGGCUGUGAACAGUAAAAAAGCAAAGAGAAAGCGACCGGAUUCUGAUUCUGAAGGGGAUUCCAAACAAGCAGUUAAAGUUAAAGUAGAACCUUCCGACUCCGAAAGUGAUGUACCUCUUGGAAAAAGAGUGAAUAAAGGAAAGCAGUCAGUGACCCCUAGUAAAAGAACUACAAGAGCUACUACAACCAAGGGACAAGUCAAACAAGCAAGUAAGACCCAAAAGGCCAAUGAUACUAAAGCUAAGCGAAAACGUAAUGAUUCUGACUCUGAGUUUGACGAGAAAAGUGAGAAAAAAGUUCCGGUAAAAUCUGCUACCAAAAGUGCGGUAAAAAAGGCUAGUCCUCAAAGAAAAAGAAAGAAAGAAGAUUCUGCAACUACAGAAGAGGAAAUGUCGCAAAAAAAGAAAGCCGAAAAUGCCAAAGGUGAUGGUACCGUCAAAUGGAAAACUUUGGAACAUAACGGAGUAUAUUUCCCUCCCGAUUAUGUUCCACAUAAUAUCAAAAUGAAAUACAAUGGCAAAGAAAUUUACCUUGAACCCGAAGCCGAGGAAGUCGCAACUUUUUAUGCAGCUGUCAUAAAAACCGAACACGUCGAAAAUCCAACGUUCAAUGAAAAUUUUUUCAGAGAUUUUAAGACAAUUUUGGCAAAGUCCAGCAAGAAUCCUUCCAUUGAGAGUUUCGAAAAAUGUGACUUUGCGCCAAUCUUCGAUCAUCUUGAACGUGAGAAAGAGAAACGAAAAGCCAUGACAAAGGAGGAUAAGCAAAAACUAAAAGAAGAGAAACUUCAGUUGGAAGAGAAAUAUGGCUUUUGUUAUCUUGAUGGUCGUAAACAAAAAGUUGGAAAUUUCCGAAUUGAACCUCCCGGGUUAUUCCGUGGUCGUGGUAAACAUCCAAAGACAGGUUCAUUGAAGCUUCGAGUUCAGCCAGAACAAGUAACUAUUAAUAUUGGCAAAGAUGUAAAAGUUCCCGAGCCUCCAGCUGGUCAUAGUUGGAAUAAAGUUAUCCACGAUAACACAGUAACUUGGCUUGCAACAUGGAAAGAAAAUGUUAACGAAAAUAUUAAAUAUGUAUUUUUAGCCGCAAACAGUUCACUAAAAGGUCAGAGUGAUUUUAAGAAAUUUGAAAAGGCUCGCGAGCUUAAGGACAUUGUUGCAAAAAUUCGUCAAGAUUAUAAUAGAGAUAUGAAGAGCAAAACAACUGCAACACGUCAACGUGCUACUGCAAUGUAUUUUAUUGACCGUCUAGCACUUAGAGCUGGAAACGAGAAAAAAGAAGGCGAAGAAGCCGAUACGGUAGGCUGUUGCUCACUUCGUUUUGAACAUAUAAAACUUGAGCCUCCAAAUAUAGUGCAUUUUGACUUUCUGGGUAAAGAUUCAAUACGAUAUCAGAAUACUGUAACGGUGGAUCUUCAAGUCUAUAAAAAUCUUAGGAUUUUUAGAAGGAACAGUGAAACCGAAAAAGAUCAACUGUUUGACAGAGUAACAACACAAGAAUUAAACAAACACCUUUCUUCAUAUAUGGAAGGUUUAACUGCGAAAGUGUUUCGUACUUAUAAUGCUUCGUAUACCUUUCAAGAACAACUCAAAAAUACUCCAGUUGAUGGAACUGUUAUCGAAAAGAUCUUGGCGUAUAAUCGGGCAAACCGUGAAGUGGCUAUCCUAUGUAAUCAUCAACGUACAGUGAGUAAAACUUUCGAUAAUCAAAUGAAUAGAAUUGAAGAUAAGAUACGCGCUCUUAAAUAUCAAAAGAUGAGACUUAAGAAAACUUUGUUGACAUUGGAUCCUAAGUUGAAAAGGAAAAGACCUGAACUUGAUGAGCCGGAGUCGGAUUUAGGCGAAGAGUGGUGUGAAGAGUACGAGAAACACUUGGAGGAAAAGGACAAGGAAAGAAUUCGUAAAAAAUUUGAAAAAGAUAAUGAGAAACGCACAGAGGAGGGCAAGAAAUCAUUACCUGAAAGUGAAUUAAAUGCUCAACUCAAGGAUGCCGAGGAUAAAACGAAGCAAUUAACUAAAGAACGCAAGACGGGUAAAAUCGAUGUGAAGAAAAAUCAAACAGUUGAUAAAGUUGAAAGUCAAAUUGAAAAAAUCAAUGAAAAAAUUAAGGCAACCAAUCUCACCAAGGUCGAAAAGGAAGAAAACAAGACUACUGCAUUAGGAACUUCGAAGAUUAACUAUAUUGAUCCUCGUAUUUCGGCUGCUUGGUGUUAUAAAUACGAAGUUCCGAUUGACAAAAUCUUCAAUAGAAGCCUACGCGACAAAUUUAAGUGGGCUAUGGAAGUAGAUAAGAAUUGGCAGAAAUUCUAA